AUGCCAAACAUAAAGAUCUUCAGUGGCAGCUCCCAUCCAGAUUUAACGCAAAAAAUUGUCGAUCGGUUGGGAUUGGAGCUGGGGAAAGUUGUUACGAAAAAAUUUAGCAAUCAAGAGACAUGUGUUGAGAUCGGAGAGAGCGUGCGCGGCGAGGAUGUUUACAUCGUCCAGAGCGGAUGUGGCGAAAUUAACGAUAACCUGAUGGAAUUACUGAUUAUGAUCAACGCAUGUAAAAUAGCGUCAGCGUCCAGAGUGACGGCUGUCAUCCCCUGUUUCCCCUAUGCCAGACAAGACAAAAAGGACAAGGUGGGGGUGAGGGAACGCGGCUUUCGCGCUCCAAUCUCAGCUAAACUGGUGGCCAACAUGCUGUCUGUGUCUGGAGCAGACCACAUCAUCACCAUGGACUUACACGCAUCACAGAUACAGGGUUUCUUUGACAUCCCGGUGGAUAAUCUGUACGCUGAGCCUGCUGUCCUCCAGUGGAUCAAAGAAAACAUAAACGAGUGGAAGAACUGCAUCAUCGUCUCUCCUGACGCUGGAGGAGCCAAGAGGGUAACGUCCAUAGCGGACCGGCUGAAUGUGGACUUUGCUCUGAUCCAUAAGGAGAGGAAGAAGGCGAAUGAAGUGGACAGGAUGGUGCUGGUGGGAGAUGUGAAAGACAGAGUGGCCAUACUGGUGGAUGACAUGGCUGACACAUGUGGCACUAUAUGUCACGCAGCGGACAAGCUGGUGUCAGCAGGUGCAGUAAAGGUGUAUGCCAUUCUGACUCAUGGUAUAUUUUCGGGUCCUGCCAUCUCUCGCAUAAACAACGCCAGCUUUGAGGCAGUGGUGGUGACCAACACCAUCCCACAGGAAGACAAGAUCAAACAGUGCAGCAAGAUCCAGGUGAUUGACAUCUCAAUGAUUCUGGCUGAAGCGAUUCGCCGAACACAUAAUGGGGAGAGUGUGUCCUACCUGUUCAGCCAUGUACCCUUAUAACACACACACACACACACAUGCACAGACA